AUUUUUGACAAAUUUUUUUUUUUUAAAUAAGAAAACAUGUUUGAGACAUCGGGCAAAUAUGUUCUCGUUAAACGUUUUCGACAUGAAGAUGUUGAAAAUUCGAAAGCUUUGGUGGAAACUCCUCCCCGGAUCGCUAAGAAGAUAAGAAGACCAACUUUUCAAGAGAGCCCACAGACUAAACGCAAGAACGAAAGAAGAAGAAGCACACCGCCCGAAAGCACUAAGGAAAAAAUAGCGCAUCUAGUGAAAGUAGUGAUAUUUUAUAUACUUCUUUAUAUGGGUAUAGCUUUAUUAUUUUAUACUUGCUAUUCGGUUUAUAAAUUAACAUUACCAAUCGAUGGUCCAAGAGUUAAGAGACUUCAGCCAUCUUUAGUUUACUACCCCGACCUUGAAUCGUAUUAUGUUAAUCGUAUAUCGUGGAAUGGACACAAUGAGAAGGACAUCAAUUUGAUUGUCUCAAAAAUAAACAGUUUAUUAAAGAAGUUUGGUAAACGGCGAGAUUUCGAAGAAUGCAAAGAAAGUGAUCAUUAUGGCUAUAAAACGGAAAAUCCGUGUAUAUUUUUACAAGUCAACCUUAUAUCUGGUUUCUACGUUGAUCCCAUUGAGGAUGCAAAUGAUUUGCAUAGACGUGAGCGUGCGCUGAAGAAAGUAAUCUACGGUUUACCUUCAAAUAGCAGAAAGGGCCGUUUAUGGAUUUCAUGUAAAUCAAAUUCUUGGAAACAAAUUGAUCACAUUCCCAACUCGCGAUCCAUACCCGUUAAUCGAAUCCUCACUAAUGGAACGAAACGCAACAUUGAAAGCGACUAUGGGCGCAUUGUAGUAAUUAGAAUCGAAAAUAUAACCCAGAAUGUUCCAAUCAACAUUAAUUGUAAAAUGUUUGCGAAAAAUAUUGAAAUGGGUGAUGCCAACAGUCCGUGGAUUGGCGGUGUGGCGUUCGAUGUACUUUCAAUAUCAGAUUAAUGGUGCAAUAUAACGAAUAAUAUUAAAUAAAAAAUCUAUGAAAAUUUUAGAAUAGAAGUAAA